AUGAAACGGGUUUUAUUUUAAUAUGAAAAAUAAUAUUCUGAUCAACUAAUUAAGUACAAUUUAUAAAUGAUAAUAAUCAAGUAUAAUCAUAAAUUGAUACGAAGUAUUAAAGAAUAUGACGUAUAGAAAAUAUAUAUAAUAUCUUACUUCAACUAAAUAUUCCACUUUAUCAUUUAUCCUUAAGAAUCAAAGAAGGAGUUAGAAUUAAUUGAUUAAACCUUGAGAAAGAAUAAGAAUUAUUAGAUAUUUUAAAGGAAUCAGAGUAUUAGUAACAAUGUAAAUUAUGUUAGGCUUAUAUACCUAAAAUAAUGUUUUCUCUCAUUAAUAGGUAGAUUUUCAAAUUUAGGAAAGUUUACUUAAAGUGAUUUAAGACAUAUACUGUUUGGAUUAAUAUAAUAUCAAAAAGGAAUAAUUAUUCUAAAGAAAAAGAAAAUUCAGAUAAUCUUAGGAUUAUUUUGA